CAGUUAGCAAAUUUUUGCUAUCAAGAAUUACAAGAAGGUUAUCAAAAGAAGAAUUUGUACAGGGUAUUAGAUAGAAUACAGCAUGUUAAAUAUCUAAAUUUAGCACAUAAUGAAAUUAACAAAAUCAGUUCCUUUUCAUUUCCAAAAUGUGAAUAUUUGAAUUUGAACAACAAUAAUUUUACUUCAUUAAAGGGUUUACCAAAAUUAAGAAUGAUUCAAUAUUUAACACUAAAAGAUAAUGAUAUAAAGGAUUUGGAUGGAUUGACAAUGUUAAGAUCAACUCCAAUAGCAGAAUUGUAUCUAAAUGGUAACCCAGUUGUUUUUUCACAGUUCUACAGACAAAGAGUAUUUUCUGUGCUACCCGGUUUAAAGGUAUUGGAUGGUGUUUUUCGUUUAACAUCAGAUCUAGAACCAGUAGAAGAGGAAAACCCACAAAAGACUUGUAAUUUGAUGUGA